GGGAGACGAAGUCCUCAACUCGUACCGUGUCCGUGUGCGUGCAUCGUGUCCUCCCCCACGGCGUCGCGCACCAACUCCAAUUCCUCCUCGUCUCCGAGCCCCCACAUCAACAACGCCUUCGCCGUCGAGAUCUCACGCGCCCGAGCCCGCGCUCGGCCCCUCGCGCCUGCGGCAUGGCGACGCGGAAUCGGACGCCGCUCUACCGCAAGUACCGCGACGCGCUGCGGCACGUCCGCGCGCCGUCGGGGGCGCCGUCGUCGUCGUCCGGCGCGGGCGGGGGCGCGGGCGGGGGAGGGCCGGUGAUCGAGAUGGCCUCGCUUCUGCGCUCCGACCGCCCCUACGCGCCCCUCAGCACCGAGGACCCCUCUGGCUCCAGUAGAGGCGCUGUGACAGUCGGGCUACCCCCAGCCUGGGUGGAUGUUUCAGAAGAGAUAUCUGCAAACAUGCAGCGGGCAAGGACGAAAAUGGCAGAGCUGGCUAAGGCACAUGCCAAAGCCUUGAUGCCAUCCUUUGGCGAUGGCAGAGAUGACCAGCGAGCCAUUGAGGUUCUCACACAUGAGGUAACGGACUUGCUCAAGAGGUCCGAGAAGAGGCUGCAGAAGCUGUCCAUGAAAGAUUCGUCAGAGGAUUCAAAUGUCCGCAAGAAUGUCCAGCGUUCUCUUGCUACAGACCUGCAAAACCUGUCGAUGGAGUUCCGGAAAAAGCAGUCAUCAUAUUUAAAGCAGCUUCGCCAACAAAAAGAGGGUCAGGAUGGUGUUGAUUUGGAAAUGAAUAUAAAUGGGACGAAGUCUACAUUUGAAGACGAUGAGUUUGACGAUGUGGGUUUCACUGAGGUUCAGAUGUCAAAACUUAAGAAAAGCGAAGCGUUCACUAGAGAAAGGGAGAGAGAAAUUGAGCAGGUUGUUGAAUCAGUCAACGAACUUGCACAGAUCAUGAAGGAUCUUUCAGUUCUUGUGAUUGAUCAGGGAACCAUCAUCGAUCGGAUAGACUACAACAUACAGAAUGUUGCAGCUUCAGUUGAGGAGGGUUACAAACAGUUGCAAAAGGCUGAGAGGACCCAGAAGAAAGGGGGCAUGGUGAUGUGUGCCACUGUCCUUGUCAUUCUGAUCUUCAUCAUGAUAGUACUUCUGAUUUUGAAGAAGAUCAUUUUCUGACAUACAUAGCUCUCUCAUUUUAAUGGUGGCCAAGCACACACCACGCUCAUCUACUCAUGUGAGUGAGGAUUACACCAUGCCUGCAUAUGGAGAACGCCACAGUUCAUUUGAAUAGCGCGAUACGACUCACUGAUCUGAAGAUGGUUCUCCUGCCCAUAUUCAUAAUGGCUAGCAACUGUCUUCAGUCUUGGCCACAAUUUUUUUGCAUCGUUGCAGAUGUAGAGAUGCCCUAUUCAUACAUGCCUCUUAUUUUUAGAGAGAAAAAAAAAUCUGAAGAGGAUUGUUUGACACGUUUCCCCUUCCAGUUUGCCUUGGAGCAACCAGGUUAGCUGGCUGUGUAUGCCUCUGUAUAGAGCGAGUUGUAUCAUACAUCAAGUUAUCGGAAAUCAGAAAGUAGAUUCAGUUCCUGUGUCAUCUCGUUUCUGCUUUAUGUUGUCUGCCCUUCUAUUUUGAGCUAGUUUUGAAGUGGCAUUUCAUUGUACCAGACAUUCGUAAGGAUUGUUUUGACACCUUUUCGCUCCUGUGUAGUUGGAAAUGCAACAAGCAGCGUCCAGUUACUGCCA